AUGCCUUUGACUGCGGCGGCUGCUCCUCCUGCUGGGGUGGAGCAGGAUGGCCCGUACAUCGGGUUGGAGGAGCUGCCGCCUACCCCCAAGCAGCCGAAGGAGCGCUGGGCGGGCAGGGGCUGGCGCUGGCCUUGGGAGAAGAAGGUCGUCUUGGAAGGAGAUAGGAUCGUUAGGGUUAACGACGAGCGGACGAAUGAGGAAGUCGGGUUUGAGGGGAACUACGUUUCCACCAGCAAGUAUAACGCUAUGACGUUCUUGCCCAAGUUUUUGGCUAGCGAAUUCUCGAAAUACGCAAACUUGUUCUUCCUCUUUACGGCUUGUAUACAGCAGAUACCGGGCGUAUCCCCAACCAACAGGUAUACGACGAUCGUCCCCCUCGGACUUGUACUCCUCGCUUCCGCAUUCAAGGAGAUGGAAGAAGAUCUUAAACGGCACCAGCAGGAUAAUGACCUCAAUUCCCGCAAAGCCAAGGUCCUCCAUGGCACCGCCUUCCGCGACGUGGCGUGGAAAGCGAUCAGAGUGGGUGAUAUCGUCAGGCUGGAAAACGACGAGUUUAUCCCUGCUGACAUGCUCCUCCUGAGCUCGAGUGAGCCAGAGGGGCUAUGUUAUGUCGAGACAAGUAACCUAGACGGAGAGACCAACCUCAAGAUCAAGCAAGCACAUCCCAAGACCGCGCACCUCACUUCCCCCCUCGCAGUAGGGUCGAUCAGCGGGACGCUGCGCUCCGAGCAGCCAAACAACUCUCUCUACACGUACGAAGGCACGCUCUCCAUCUCCUCCACCUCGGGGGAGCUCAUCGUCCCCCUCUCACCUGACCAGCUCCUCCUCCGCGGUGCGCAAAUGCGCAACACCCCCUGGGUGUACGGGCUCGUCGUCUUCGCUGGCCAUGAGACGAAGCUCAUGCGCAACGCGACUGCCGCGCCGAUAAAACGCACCCAGGUGGAGAGACAGGUCAACCUCCAGAUCGUAUUCUUGUUCAUCGUACUCCUCGUACUGAGUAUCGCCAGCACAGUGGGCAGCAGCGUCAGGACCUGGUUCUUCUCCAGCACGCAGUGGUAUCUCUACCUCGCGGCGGACGCCCCAAGCCGGAUAAAGGAGUUCCUGCAAGACAUACUGACAUUCGUGAUCCUCUACAACAACCUCAUCCCCAUCUCCCUCAUCGUCUCCAUGGAAGUGGUCAAGUACUGGCAAGCGCAGCUCAUCAACUCCGACUUGGAUAUAUAUUAUGAGAAGACGGAUACGCCGGCUAUAUGCCGGACGAGCAGCUUGGUAGAGGAGCUCGGGCAGAUAGAGUUCGUCUUCUCCGACAAGACUGGCACACUGACGAGAAACGAGAUGGAGUUCCGCCAGUGCUCCAUCGCGGGCGUCGCCUACUCUGACGUGGUAGAAGAGCACAAACGCGGAGAGCAAGGCCCGAACGGGGAGGUAGAAGGCGGGCAACGGACGUUCGAGGAGAUGCGCACUCGCUGGCGGAACGGUGCUGGGGCAGAGGUGGCUGUCAUCAGGGAGUUUUUGACUCUGUUGGCUGUGUGCCACACGGUUAUCCCCGAGAUGAAGGGGGAGAAACUUGUCUAUCAGGCUAGUAGUCCGGACGAGGCGGCGCUUGUUGCUGGUGCUGAGCAGCUGGGGUACAAGUUCUUCAUGAGGAAACCUCGUUCCGUCUUCGUCGAGAUCGGGAACAAGGCCCGCGAGUUCGAGAUCCUCAAUGUGUGCGAAUUCAACUCCACCAGGAAGCGGAUGAGCGUCGUCGUCCGCGGUCCGGACGGCAAGAUCAGGCUGUACUGUAAAGGCGCGGACACUGUCAUCCUCGAGCGGCUCGCUGCGGACCAACCGUAUACGGAACCGACGCUUAUCCACUUGGAAGACUAUGCGACCGAAGGCCUGCGCACGCUGUGUCUCGCCAUGCGGGAAAUCCCAGAGACGGAAUAUCGUACCUGGGCUGCGAUAUACGAGCAAGCUGCGGCGACAGUCAACGGCCGUGGAGAAGCGCUCGACAAGGCCGCGGAGGCGAUCGAGAAGGACAUGUUCUUCCUCGGCGCUACCGCUGUUGAGGAUAAGCUGCAGGAGGGCGUGCCCGAUACGAUCCAUACGCUGCAGCAGGCUGGCAUCAAAGUUUGGGUCUUGACUGGUGAUAGGCAGGAGACGGCGAUCAAUAUCGGCCUGAGCUGUCGGUUGAUCUCGGAGAAUAUGAACUUGGUCAUCGUCAAUGAGGAAACGGCAAAUGAUACUAAGGCGUUCAUCGAGAAGCGCCUUGCGGCUAUCAAGACCCAGCGAUCUGCUGGAGAAGGAGAAGAGCUAGGACUCGUAAUCGACGGGAAGAGCCUGACCUACGCUUUGGAGAAAGAGAUCUCUCCUGUCUUCCUCGAGCUUGCAAUCAUGUGUAAAGCCGUUAUCUGCUGCCGAGUCUCCCCCCUGCAGAAAGCGCUCGUCGUGAAGCUUGUCAAGAAGAAUAGGAAGAGCAUCCUCCUAGCUAUUGGCGAUGGGGCGAACGAUGUUGCUAUGAUCCAGGCUGCGCAUGUGGGGGUUGGGAUCUCUGGUGUGGAGGGUCUGCAGGCGGCGCGAGCGGCGGAUGUGGCCAUUGCCCAGUUUAGGUUCUUGACUAAGCUCCUGCUUGUACAUGGUGCUUGGAGCUAUCAGCGUUUAUCCAAGCUCAUUCUAUACUCGUUCUAUAAGAACAUCGUCCUCUACAUGACCCAGUUCUGGUACUCUUUCUUCAGCAACUUCUCUGGACAAAUCGCAUACGAAUCUUGGACGCUCUCUUACUAUAACGUCAUCUUCACCUUGCUCCCUCCUUUCGUCAUGGGCAUCUUCGACCAGUUCGUCAGCGCCCGGAUGCUCAUCCGGUACCCGCAAAUGUACCAUCUUGGUCAGGCGAACGCUUUCUUCAGUACGCGCAAUUUCUGGGAAUGGAUGGGGAACGCGUUGUAUCACAGCAUCAUUCUGUUUGGCUUCUCGGUCAUCCUUUUCUGGGGUGAUCUCAAACAAGCAACGGGAUAUGAUUCAGGGCAUUGGUUCUGGGGCACGACCUUGUACCUGGCUGUCUUGCUUACGGUACUCGGGAAGGCAGCGCUGGUAUCAGAUCUGUGGACAAAAUACACCCUCAUGGCCAUUCCGGGCUCGUUCCUCUUCACAAUGAUCGCCCUUCCUAUAUAUUGUUUAGUUGCCCCUCUGGUCAAUUUUUCAGUGGAAUACCGGAACAUUGUUCCCCGACUGUGGACAGAUCCAAUUUUCUAUUUCACGAUCCUCGUACUGCCAUUCAUUUGCCUCGCUAGAGACCUCGCAUGGAAAUACUACAAGCGAACAUACCGUCCUCAACCAUACCAUAUUGCGCAGGAGCUACAAAGGUUCAACAUUCCCGACUACCGACCUCGGCAGGAACAAUUCCAGAAAGCUAUCAAAAAGGUCCGCGCGGUACAACGCAUGCGGAAAUCGCGUGGCUUCGCCUUCAGCCAAACUGAAAACCCGGAUCGACAAGAGCAGGUGCAUCUUGUUCGGGCAUACGACACGUCUCAACAGUUUGAGCGUCCCACCGGAUUGUAA